CGUCCACCACCACCUCCACCAAUUUUCAAAUCCCGGGCUGUGUGCCCCUUCUCCUUGUCACGUCUCUGCAGAGGAGUCCCUUCCCCCUUUGAAGUAGCGGGUGUGGAUAUUGCUGGGCUACGGAAGCCGAUCCAGCCAUGGCGACUCCGUCUGCUGCCUUUGAGGCCCUUAUGAAUGGAGUGACAAGCUGGGAUGUCCCCGAAGAUGCCAUCCCAUGUGAACUGCUUCUAAUUGGAGAGGCCUCCUUCCCGGUGAUGGUGAAUGACAUGGGCCAGGUCCUCAUUGCUGCCUCUUCCUAUGGCCGAGGCCGCCUGGUGGUGGUGUCCCACGAGGACUACUUGGUGGAGGCCCAGCUCACUCCUUUCCUCCUCAAUGCAGUGGGCUGGCUUUGCUCUUCCCCUGGGGCUCCUGUUGGUGUACACCCAUCCCUGGCACCUCUGGCCAAAAUCCUUGAGGGCUCUGGUGUAGAGGCCAAGGUUGAACCAGAAGUGAAAGACUCCCUGGGGGUUUACUGUAUUGAUGCCUACAACGAAAUCAUGACUGAAAAGUUGGUCAAGUUCAUGAAACGUGGAGGGGGCUUGCUAGUCGGAGGCCAAGCCUGGGACUGGGCCAACCAGGGCGACGAUGAAAGGGUUCUGUUCACGUUCCCUGGGAACCUUGUGACCAGCGUGGCCGGCGUGUACUUCACCGACAAUAAAGGGGACACGAGUUUCUUUAAAGUCUCUAAGAAGAUGCCCAAGAUCCCAGUCUUAGUUAGUUGUGAAGACGAUCUCUCCGAGGACAGAGAUGAACUCCUGCACGGGAUUUCUGAGCUGGACAUCAGCAACUCGGACUGUUUCCCGUCCCAGCUGCUAGUGCACGGGGCUUUAGCCUUUCCCCUGGGGCUAGAUUCCUACCAUGGCUGUGUCAUAGCGGCUGCCCGCUACGGCCGGGGCCGGGUGGUCGUGACUGGCCACAAGGUCCUUUUCACCGUUGGUAAACUGGGCCCCUUUCUGCUCAAUGCUGUGCGCUGGCUGGACGCGGGCCGCAGAGGCAAGGUCGUGGUGCAGACAGAACUGAGGACUCUGAGUGGGCUGCUUGCAGUGGGGGGCAUAGACAGCAGCAUUGAGCCCAAUCUGACCAGCGAUGCCAGUGUCUAUUGCUUUGAGCCCGUGAGCGAUGUGGGAGUCAAGGAGCUGCAGGAGUUUGUAGCAGAGGGCGGGGGCCUGUUUGUUGGAGCCCAAGCCUGGUGGUGGGCCUUCAAGAACCCAGGAGUGUCCCCUUUGGCUCGGUUCCCAGGAAACCUCCUCCUCAACCCCUUUGGCAUUAGCAUCACCAGCCAAAGCCUCAACCCUGGGCCCUUUCGUACUCCUAAGGCAGGGAUAAGGACCUAUCACUUCCGUUCCACCCUGGCCGAGUUCCAGGUUAUAAUGGGCAGGAAGAGAGGGAAUGUGGAGAAGGGCUGGUUGGCAAAGCUGGGACCGGAUGGCGCAGCCUUCCUGCAGAUCCCCGCAGAGGAGAUCCCUGCCUACAUGUCGGUGCAUCGGCUCCUAAGGAAGCUGCUGAGUCGCUAUCGGCUCCCAGUAGCGACCCGAGAGAACCCUGUCAUCAACGACUGCUGCAGGGGUGCUAUGCUUUCCCUGGCCACUGGGCUGGCCCACUCUGGAAGCGACCUCUCUCUGUUAGUCCCAGAAAUUGAGGAUAUGUACAGCAGCCCCUACCUGCGCCCCUCGGAAUCUCCUAUCACUGUUGAGGUCAACUGCAACAAUCCAGGCACCAGGUAUUGCUGGAUGAGCACCGGGCUCUACAUACCCGGGAGGCAAAUUAUAGAGGUCUCGCUGCCUGAAGCCGCUGCCUCUGCUGACCUGAAGGUGCAGAUUGGCUGCCACACCGAUGACCUGACCAGGGCCAGCAAGCUGUUCCGAGGUCCCCUUGUGAUUAACCGCUGCUGCCUGGACAAGCCCACGAAGUCGAUAACCUGCCUCUGGGGGGGCCUCCUGUACAUCAUUGUGCCUCAGGGCAGCAAGCUGGGCUCCGUGCCUGUCACGGUUAAGGGGGCUGUGCAUGCUCCCUACUACAGGCUAGGGGAGACAUCCCAGGAGGAAUGGAAGAGGCGUAUCCAGGAGAAUCCAGGUCCCUGGGGAGAGCUGGCUACAGACAACAUCAUCUUGACGGUGCCAACCGCAAACCUUCGCACUCUGGAGAACCCUGAGCCGCUGCUACGCCUCUGGGACGAGGUGAUGCAGGCCGUGGCCCGGCUAGGGGCUGAGCCUUUCCCCCUGCGUCUGCCUCAGAGGAUCGUUGCCGACGUGCAGAUCUCAGUUGGCUGGAUGCACGCAGGCUACCCCAUCAUGUGUCACCUGGAGUCGGUGCAGGAGCUCAUCAGUGAGAAACUCAUCAGAACCAAGGGGCUGUGGGGCCCUGUGCACGAGCUGGGCCGCAACCAGCAGCGGCAGGAGUGGGAGUUCCCCCCGCACACCACCGAGGCCACCUGCAACCUGUGGUGUGUCUAUGUGCACGAGACGGUCCUGGGCAUCCCUCGAGGACGAGCCAAUAUCGCUCUGUGGCCCCCAGUUCGGGAGAAGAGAGUCAGAAUCUACCUGGGCAAGGGUCCCAAUGUGAAAAACUGGAACGCGUGGACGGCCCUGGAAACGUACUUACAGCUCCAGGAGGCCUUUGGGUGGGAGCCGUUCAUCCGUCUCUUCACUGAGUACAGGAACCAGACCAACUUGCCCACAGACAAUGUCGACAAAAUGAAUCUGUGGGUGAAGAUGUUCUCCCACCAAGUGCAGAAGAACCUGGCUCCGUUCUUUGAGGCCUGGGCCUGGCCGAUCCAGAAGGAAGUGGCAACCAGCCUGGCCUAUCUGCCUGAGUGGAAGGAAAAUAUUAUGAAAUUGUACCUCCUCACACAGAUGUAAGGAGUGCCCAGCGAGGUGGCAGGCCCCACUGAAACCGAAGUCAAGAAAUGUAAAAGAGAAUUGACACAUCUCAGCAAAGAAAACUGAAGGAAUUUGGUUAUAAGUGAAGAAGAUCUCAACACAUUUCUGGAAGAGAGAAAGUGGAAGAAGUGAUAACGAAAGAGUGCAGCUCCUUUCAGACGGAAUAUAAGCUGAUCUGAACAUGUAACCCCAAAGAGAUGUGGGCACCUGAAAAGUCUGUCUGCUGAAGAAUUGUGUCAGUUGUGAAAUUGAACCCCAUCUCAUUCUACCCCAACCUUUGCACAGAAUACAGGCAACCUACCACUGGUUUCUGUUAAGUCUGUUGUUGUUGUUGUUCAUUGUUGUUGUUUGUGUAAAGGAAUCGAAUAAACUGCUUGAGGAAAGGUAGGA